AUGCCGACGGAAAUUGAAGUGGACGUGGCUGAUGACGAUAUUGAUCGAGGAAUAGAAGAUCGAAAUGUGAAGGUUUCGUGUAGGGUAGGCAUUAGUCAUGCUCUUGUCUACAUAGCAGUUACUAAGGUGUUGGGUGAAACAGUGGUAGAAGCAAUAAGUAAGUCGUUUUCGCCUAGGGAGUACGAAGUAACACUUAAGAGUAAUGCAGAUGCAGAGAAGUUGAGGGAAGCUGACCCGGUUAAUAUUGAUGGUAUUAUAAUAAUGUUUGGGAAUAAUAAGCUGAGAAGGGUUCAGUUUUCUGUGCAUUGGCUACCCCGAUCGUUUAAAGACUCUUUCCUUCAGAAGAUCUUUACCAAAUUUGGAAAAGUACUUGAUAUUUACGAGCGGUCAUCUGAGAAUCAAGACUUCAAAAAUGGAAUAAGAGUGGUAGACAUGGUUUUGUCUCAUAACAACUUUGGAGAGGUGCCGCAUAUGUUGACAUUUUAUCAUGGAACCUGCAAGGCCCUCAUAACGGCAAGAGGUCGUCUUCCCUUGUGUUUACGGUGCAGGUGUAUUGGACACAAGGGAGGCGAAUGCCCAAAGCUCAACCAGCCCCCCACAUACGCUGAAAAAUUGUCAGGACGUCAGAGGGAGGAAGUCCCGGUGGAGAUACAAGAUCACAUUGAACAAACUGUAGGGGAGAGUGAAACAAGCAUGAAAGAAAAUGAUGAGGAAAGUCCCCUUGGGACGAGUGGAAAUCUUUCAGAUUCCAGCUCUGGUGAAAGUGAUGACGAAAUGGACAUGGGAACGACAGCAACAAAAAGAGCACUAGAUGAUGAAGAAAAUGAUGGUUUUAAAAUGGUGGAAGGAAAAGGAACAACAAAAUUAAGAAGAGCAAAUGAAGUAUCGUUAAACCACAAUAACAACACCUAA